AUGUCACGCUACAGUUCAUCUUUAUCAAGUAACAGCUCAUCAUCGUCAUGUAGCGAUGAUUCUUCUGACGAAAGUUCUUCUUCAACUGGAAGCUCAUCGUCGUCUAGGUGUAGUUCAUCUUUGUCAAGUGUUAGCUCAUCGUCGUCUAAUAGUAGUUCAUCGUCGUCCAGUAGCGAUGAUUCAUCGAACGAAAGUUCGUCUUACUAUGGAAGAUGUACGAAAAAAAUUAAUUUAAAACGCAAAUAUAAUGAUUAUUUGGAUGAACCUAAUAAAAAAAUGUGUUGUGAGUUACCGUGUGCUGUUGGCGAUGAUUGGUCAUUUAAAGGUUAUCCGUGGCUGUUAGAUCCUGAACGUGAGACUAAUUUUAAAUGGAGUAAUAACAAAUCGAUGAUUGAUUUGCCUGUCGAAAACAAAAUAACGGUCACUAGAGGAACAGAUGUUGGUAUUAAAAUGGAAAAGGAUUUUCUAGCAGGCGAUUUCGCUACUAACGUAGAACCAAUUAUAAGCAACUCUAUUGAAUGUCAACAUGCCAAUUCGCAUAAUAGCGAGGAGGAUAACAGUUAUUCUGAAAAUGUUGAUUUAACCAGUACCUCACAACACAAUGUUUCCAAACCGGAGUAUAACACUUUUUUAAAAAAUGUUGUUAAAAAUAAUACAAAUGACCUCGAUGAAGAAUCAGUUAUGAACGAAGAUAUACAUGUCGACCCUAAAAAUAUUCAACUGGAUAUGAAUGUUGAUAUUAAUAAUAAUUGCUCGGAGCCCAGCACUUCGAAUAAUGAAAAGUAUUCAAAUACUAGUCGUUGUGUCAAAUGUAAAAUAUUUACUCCAUGGGGAGAAGAUUGGUUUUAUACGACCCAUACUGAUAUGUAUACAGGUCCUAGGUAUAUAACUUUGAUGAACCCUUUGAACGAAUUUCCCGUUAGUUAUGUGGAAACUAUUGAUCUCAUAGAUUCAGACGACGAUGAGCAACCUUUUAUGAACGGGAGUACUGCACGUGGAACAGAAGUGCAGCCAAUGAACGCACUUGCUCACACAAAUUUUCAUGAUAAUAAUUGUGAUGGAGGUCAACCUUUCAUAGUUGAUCAUUAUGAAAAAAUCGCCAUAAGUACUACAGAAGGUAUCAGUUUUGUAUACGACUGGAUUCCAGAAAUGCGUGAAGUAAUUUUUAAGAAUGACAGCAUAUAAAACUAAAUGUAUUAACUUAUAUUAAGUUAGACAAAUUGAUGAUGAUAUAAAUUGCUAACAAGUUUUCAUAUUGUUCUAUUAGUUGAACAACUUUUUAUUCUUUUUUUAAUUAAUCGGAAAUUAAUUUUUUUACCUUUGAUGUACCUAUGAAAAUUAUGUCACUUUAUUUAUGUUUUGAAAAC